CCUAGAAGGACUGACUGGCAUGCUCUGUGCCCACUCUUACAGGACUCAGAAGUUCACUUCUGAAUUGAUGAGUAACUGCCAGUAGGCCUACGCUGCUUUUUGGAGCCUCGAUUAUCAGCAGAAAACCGAUUAGUUUCCAUUAUUAAUCUCAAAUUCGUGAAAACACUUGAAAGGUUAACAAUUGGGUUCUCAGGCAAUCUGAGAAAAAUAUGCUUAGCGUUGGACUUUAGCCCUACCCACUCAUAGUAACGGACGGGCGGCUCUCUUGGCAAGCACAUGUCUCGUCUGAUUUAUCAAUGCACGUUGUGACUUCUGAGCUGUCAGGACUUUGCUGGUGUCGGCAGUGAUCUACAGGGGAAGCCGUUUGGAUCUGAGGCUCCGGGUCCCUCAGGGGACUGCAGGGACUUGUGGGAAGAUGACCUGAUUUCUAAAUUUCUCCUCUCUGCCUGAGGUGCAGGCUAUAGUCGCCGUUUCAAAUAAAGUAGACCACCAAGGAAGCCGAUAUGAUCGAGGCUGGAUUUACCGGGCGGAUUGUGAUCUGGUACGACUCUAGUUUUGGGCACUCAUUUGUCUACCUAACGGGCGCCAGUUCGGCAGAUGACCUCCCUUCUCUCAGUUGAUAUGGUUUAACAUCCCGGCCACAGAAAUCCCCUCGAGGUGAGCAGUCAUGGCGAACCUACAGCAGGAGUACCCGUUGGUGCUGCUGGGGAUACUGGAGGAGCUGGCCAACAUGCGCCACUGGCUCUCUUUCCAGGACCUCUGUCGAAUGGUCAGCACCCGGUUCGACCUGGAGCACCUCGUGGAGCUCCGGAGCCUGCUGUUUGCGGCGGCCAGUCAAGACCCGUGCUUCCCUGCUACCCUCUUCAGGGACCGCGUUGCGGUCCGAAAUCUGGGGCUCUCCCCAAUAGGCGUGGCCGCGGAUAUCGUCACAAUCUUCAAUCUCAUUCAGAUGACAAGUGGUGCUUAUGAUGGCAACCAAUCGACGAGGAGCGAGGCGGCUAUCCCCAUCGACCAAUCCCUGGGACCCUCUGAGCUGCUGAGCUUUACUGGAAGGGAAAGAGCACGUUCCCACUCUGACAUUGGAAGCAAGCCCAUAGAUCAGCACUUACUCUUCCCCAAAUCGAAUUAUUCAGCCUACAAGCGCGGAAGCCUCCCGCCGGAUCCCAUCUCACUCGUGUCCUCUCCUCCGGCCAGAGCGAGGGCUGUGUCUUUCAGCCUGCCGCACAACUCCCCUAUAUUUGCGGGGGAUCAGUUCACAAGCCAGGACAUGCAGAACAUGUACCUGCCCCUGGAGACUGACAGCGAGUCCAGCGGAGAGUCUGUUCCUCCAGAGGUGUUCGAAGAGGAGCAGGAGUCCGCUGUCGACCAGAAGAGAAACAUCUUCAAGAAGGAUUUCCACAACCAGCCCCCGCUAAUACCCCAGGUGACUAUUAGCAGUGAGUCUCUUAGUCCUGGUCAAGUGCCGAAAUCCUUUGAUAACCUUAGCUUUGAGAUGCUGAACAACCCUUACCCGUCACCCACAGCUGUUCAGCAUUUACUGGAGCAACAGGUGAAGCACGAGAGCUUGGAUGACCUGCAGGACUCCACCUACUUUGGGCCGAGGUCAAAUGCCGAGUGGUCCCCACGUCACCUCCAACCCCCCAGGGCCCAGAAGUCCAUGUGGACCAACAAGAGCCAUAGUUUGGAGGACCGGGUCGGCGUGGGCAGCAUGGGGUUGGGCUUGGAAGCGUCAGGGGCUCCGUUCCCGCGGCGGUCUUCCCCGGCUAUCAGCCUCCUCGGGGCCUCCUUGGCAGGGGAGUUUAGGAACAGCCUCAUGGUGGACAGAGGCGAUGGGGCCAAGGCUCAGGGGACCCAGACCGACGCCCCGGACCACAGAAGGCUCCGCAGCAUGGUCCACGCCGACCGCCUCUCCUUCAUGACCUCGCUGGACGACCCCGAGUUCGGGGAGGACGACAUCAGCGCCAUAUUCCGUUUCCUGGACGACAUGAGCAUGUGCGGCUCGACGGGCGUCCUGCACCCCAGCGAGGGUAUGGCGGCCGCGAACCCGGACACCCACGAGGGGAGGAGGGGUCGCCUGGGUCAACUGCAGAGACUCUUCCACUCCCUGGAGAGCACCGACGACGGCGGCCUCAAGGCCAGCGUCUGCAAGCUGCUCCUGCGCAUGAGCCAGAUCGAGCGGCAGCUCGAGGGCCUGGCCGAGGUCAAGUCGGAGAUCUCCCAGGUCCUCUCUGCCCUGCAGCGGCUUGACGAGAAGAUCCAGCAGCCCGUGGUCGGGGGCGGACGGGGCACCGGAGGCGGCCGGUGGCUAGAGCCCCUCAGCGCCGGUGUGUCCUCGUUCAGCAGCCACCCGGUGACUCCUGGCUCUGAGACGUCAGAGCCCCAGCCUCUGUCCGUGUCCGGGCUUCUCUACCCGAGGACCAGCAGCAGCAGCCUGGACUGGAGCCGGUGGAACGCCGGGGGGCCGAUGGAGAGCGGCACGGAUCAGGCUGAGGUUUCCAAGGGCUCCAAGGAGGGGAAGAAGGAGGCGUCCUCUCGACGGGCCUCCAGGGCCCAUGCCGAGGAGAAGGCGGUUUCAGAUGCAAAGCGUCCCAGUGUGUCCCACUCUGCACGGGAAUGGGCGGUCGCAUUCUCUAAAGGCAAAGACCACAAGUCCUCUUCGUAUGAAAAAGGUGGACAGGUGGAUCAGACCAACAACAGCACAACCAACCUGCUUUCUCAGAAGCCCCCAACCCUGGUGGAGCAAGUGUUUAACUCGGGCUUGUUCAAACAGAAGGACAGCAGUCUGAUGGGUGGGAUGAGCUCUGGGAAGGUCAUGGAGUCUAGAUUGGCUGAGGGGAGGGGAAGACCAAUCUGGGCGCUCCAUGACAGAGAGUCCCCCGUCUCCCCUUUAAAUAUGCAGGGCCAGGAGUCUCUGAACCCCACCAACAUGGACUUCUGGAUGGAGGACACCUACACUCCUGGCUAUGAUGCGUUACUCAGGCGCAAGGAGGCCCACCUUCGCAGGGCCAGGGCCUGUAAACUAGGGGCACUGAUUAUCAUCUGUAUAAUCAUAAUUCUGGUUAUUGUUAUUCCUGUUUGCACCAUGGGCAUAAAAAGGUCUUGAAAAAGUAUAUAAAUAUAUAUAUAUAUAUUGUUGACCAUUUUUCUAUUUUUUUGUUGAAUAGUUUGCUUGCCUUACAUGUGUUCUCAUUAAUCAGAAGAAAAACUUGGCAAUCUUCAGGGGAAAUAACGGAAAACUGUGAUGCAAGAUGCUAAUAACGGAGUUGGUAGUCAAUAUCUUCAAGAUGUUUCAUUACACUGCUUUGCAUGCAUCAGGCAUGACUUUGGAUCAAAUAGCAGGAAUUGGAUUGCAGCCUAGUUUUACAAUCAUUUAUCCUUAAUUUUACAAUUGCAUUACAUAAAGUCAUUUCUCCCACAAUUAAGACUUUAAUAUUUAAUUUG